AUGCACAGGACCACGGGACCGGCACCAAAAAGGUUUGGUCCCGCAGGCCUCUACUACUGGAGCAUAAAAUGUGUAAUCACUACUAUCAAUGAAUUGAUUAACAAAAUAGCAGACGAUCAGAAAAGACGUGAACUAACUGACGAUACAGCUAUACCAAUCAAUGUAUUUAAUCCAAGACAAGAGAUACAGAAAAAUCUUUCAACUGAAAAUGGUAACUUUAUGUGGUUUCAAUUAUUUGUUGAAGUUUUAUUACGUAUGAGUAAAUAUUAUACACAAUUGUCUUCUACCGAGUUUGUUAAAAUAUGUAAACAACAAUAUAGAGAAAAUGAUGUGCAGCUUGCAAAAAUUGAUGAAUUUGAAAAAACUUAUACGCCUUCGAGAUCGAUAUGGUAUUACACAAAGGAAUUAUUUCUUUAUCGAAUUCUUAAUCUUGCUCUACGUAAACAAGACAUGGAUACUCUUUUCACAUACACAUUUUUUAUUCGUGAUCUAUAUCAACAACUAUUAGCAGAAAAAAAUUUUGAUGAACCUAUUUUACGUGUAUAUCGUGGACAAGCUAUUGAUGUUGAAGAAAUUGAUAAACUAAUUACAAGUCAAAAUCAAUACAUAUCAUUUAACAAUUUUCUUUCUACUUCGAGAGAUAGAGAUACAGCUCUAGGAUUUGCGUUAUCAGCUGAUGUAACCGAAAAUCGGCAAUCUGUCCUCUUUGAAAUUGAAGCUAACACUCAUUUGAACAAUGCUAAACCAUUUGCUGAUAUAUCACGUUUAAGUUGUUUUCAAAAUGAAGAAGAAGUGCUUUUUAUGUUAGGAUCAGUAUUUCAAUUAACAAAUAUCAAUUAUAAUGAACAACAGCAAGUAUGGUUAAUUAAGUUAGUUUUAUGUGAUGAAGACGAUGAUCAAUUAAAAGACGUUUUUGAUUCGAUGAAAGAAGAUAUAGAAGAUGAAACGGAUUUUAUGUCACUAGGUGAUAUAUUACAACAAAUGGGUGAAUUAGAUAAAGCUGAACAUUAUUAUUACCGUCGAUUAGACCAAGUAGAAGACAAUAAUCCAAACAUUUCAAGAUGCUAUUAUGGUCUUGGAAAUAUUGCUUUAAAAAGAGCAGACUAUGAUACAUCCUUGAAUAAUUUUAAUAAAGCAAUUGAUCUUGAAUUAAAAUCAUCCUCGGUUGAUUAUUGUUGGAUUGGUGAUGCCUAUAACGGACUUGGUAUUGUGUAUAGACACAAACAAAAUGCUGAUCUAGCCUUGGAAAAUUAUUAUAAAGCAUUAGAAGCCAAAUUUAAAGAUGGCUGUCAUGAUUAUCUUUCAACCGCAAUGAUUUAUAACAAUAUUGGUAUUAUACAUAAUACGAAAGAUGAAUAUGACUUAGCAUUAAAAUCACAUAAUGAAUGUUUACGAAUUAAAAUGAAAUUACUUCCUGAUUUACAUCCGAGUAUGGCACCAACAUUAAAUAAUAUUGGAAAUGUUUAUAGUCGUAAGCAAGAAUUUGAUCAAGCAUUAGUACAAUAUCAAAAAGUGUUAAAGAUACAAUUAGUAUCUCUUCCAACGAAUCAUCCACAAGUAGCUAAUACAUACAAUAACAUUGGAGAAGUAUAUAAACAUACAAAACAGUAUGAUUUAGCUGCCAAACAUUAUCUUACAGCAUUAGAAAUUUAUGAAAAAUCAUUUCCGUCGAAUUAUCCAGAAAUUAUACGUACUAAAAAUAAUAUUCGUGAUUUAUAUGACAAGUUAACAUCUAUUUGA